AAAGAUAAGUCUUUUAACUUUAAUUUCAAAAAUGUGCAAAGUAAUUGUAUUAUUUAAUGGUUAUUCUAUAAAACUUGACGAUGGAACAAUGAAAGCAAAUUGUACUUGUACAUUAAUAAAGGCAUCCAAGAAUAUUAUUGUUGAUACUAUGACAGCUUGGGAUCGAGAAAAAAUAAUACAAGCACUUAUUAAACAUAAUGUUACACCUGAUAAAAUUGAUUAUGUUGUUUGUACUCAUAGCCAUGCUGAUCAUAUAGGAAACAAUAAUCUUUUUAUAAAUGCAGAACAUAUAAUAGGAACUUGUGUACAUCGUGGAGAAUUAUUUUUCGAUAAAGAUUUAAAAAAUGGAUAUCAAAUUUGCCCAGAAGUUAAAGUUAUAGCAACUCCUGGUCACACAAUGGAUGAUGUUACAGUUUUAGUUGAAACUACAAUUUCUGAGAAAUCUACAUGUUUUGCUAUUACAGGUGAUUUAUUUGAAAAAGAAGAAGAUAUACUAAAUCCAUUCCUUUGGAAGGAAUUAGGAACUAAAGAAUUACAAAAAAUUCAAUCACAUAUGCGAUCUUAUAUAAUUGAUUUGGCAAAUUUUAUAAUACCUGGUCAUGGACCAAUGUUUGUUGUUACUAAUGAUAUGAAAAGAAUUAUUAAAAACCAAAUAAUUAUGUAAUAUAAUAAUUAUAUA